AUGUUAGAUAGCUCUACUCUCGACCACGCCGCCGAAGGCAUACGAGUCAACGCCGUUUGCCCGACCUGGGUGCGCACACCCCUGCUGGACGUCGAGCUGCAGAAGAACCCCCAGGUCCAGGGCAUGAUCUCGGCCAUCGUGCCCAUCAAGCGUGCCGCGGAAUGCGAGGAGGUAUCUGACACGAUUGCCUUCCUGUGCAGCCCGGCUGCGAGCUACAUCAAUGGCGUCGGCCUGUUCAUUGAUGAUGCGGUGACCACCACGGUGCGUCUUCUCUAA